AUGUCGACCGUUCGCAUCUGCGUCUGCGGCGACGAAGGCACAGGCAAAUCUAGCCUGAUCACCUCUCUCGUGAAAGGUGUCUUCGUCACGAAUAAAAUUCAGCCCGUGCUUCCUCAAAUUACGAUCCCGCCAACCAUCGGAACUCCUGAAAACGUUACCACCACCACUGUCGUCGACACAUCGGCCGUGCCACAAGAACGUAAUAACCUGGCGCGGGAGAUUCGCAAGUCUAAUGUGAUCCUCCUGGUCUACUCUGAUCACUACAGUUAUGAACGCGUGGCGUUGUUCUGGCUUCCAUACUUCAGGUCGCUGGGGGUCAACGUCCCCGUGGUUCUAUGCGCAAACAAAUCGGACCUCGCAGGCGAGCAAAGUGAGGCGCAAGUCAUAGAAGAGGAGAUGUUGCCCCUAAUGGCAGAGUUCAAGGAGAUUGACUCAUGCAUUCGGACAAGCGCCAGAGAACACCGAAACGUCAACGAGGCUUUCUUCGUCUGCCAGAAAGCUGUCACCCACCCGAUCGCACCCUUGUUUGAUUCAAAAGAAGCCGCCCUCAAACCAGCUGCUGUCUCCGCCUUACAACGCAUCUUCUACUUGAGUGAUAAGGACCGAGACGGAUACCUAUCGGACAAAGAAAUUGGAGAUUUCCAAACACGCUGUUUUGGAAAGCCAUUGAGUGAGGAGGACUUGGCACACAUCAAAGAGACAAUUCAAAAAGGCUUUCCUGAAUCUGUGACCGAUUCUGGUAUUGACUGCCGCGGUUUCAUUUAUCUGAACAAACUCUACGCCGAAAAGGGUCGCCAUGAGACAGUCUGGAUCAUCCUCCGAGCCUUCCAGUACACCGAUAAUCUUUCCCUGCAAGAAAAUUUCCUCCACCCACGAUUUGAAGUCCCCCCUUAUGCGUCAGCUGAGUUGUCUCCAGAAGGAUACCGUUUCUUCGUCAACCUCUUCCUGCUAUCGGACAAGGACAACGACGGCGGCUUGAAUAGUGCCGAAUUGGAAUCUCUCUUUGCCCCCACACCGGGUAUACCCGCGUCAUGGGCCGAUGGCUCAUUCCCAUCCUCCACUGUUCGCAAUGAAGCAGGGCAUGUUACUUUACAAGGGUGGCUUGCCCAGUGGAGUAUGACAACAUUCAUGUCCCCGAAGACCACAUUGGAAUAUCUUGCCUACCUAGGGUUUGAAUCCGCUGACCGAAGCAACCCUUCCACCACCGCCGCUUUGAAAGUGACAAGGCCUCGCAAGCGGCGGCGGCGCCCGGGUCGGGUCGGCCGUAAUGUUGUCCAGUGUCAUGUCCUCGGCGCCCCUGGGUCGGGCAAGUCUGCAUUACUGGAUGCGCUGCUCUCACGAGGAUUUAGCACGACCUAUCAUCCAACUAUUCAACCUCGCACCGCUGUCAACACUGUCGAGCUUCCUGGAGGCAGGCAGUGCUACUUGAUCAUGGAUGAGCUGGGAGAACUGGAACCAGCCUUGCUUGAGAAUCAAACCAAACUCCUGGACCAAUGCGACGUGGUCGCUUAUACCUACGAUUCCUCUGACCCGGAUUCGUUUGCAUACAUCCCCGCCUUGCGUGCAAAAUACCCUCAUCUCGAAGAACUCCCGAGUGUCUUUAUUGCUCUCAAGGCAGACUUGGAUCGGACCACGCAGCGGGCCGAAUACCAGCCUCACGAGUACACAGCCAUGUUGAAGAUGCCCAGUCCGCCCCUUCAUGUAAGCGUCACCUGGUCCUCGAUCCAAGAAGUAUUUGUGCACAUCGCCGAAGCUGCGAUGGAGCCCAGCACAGCAUUUCCACGCAGCGAGGAGGACGUUGAAGGGAAAUGGAUGUCGUGGGGGAUCGCACUCGGCGCGGUGGUUUGCGCGGGAGCUGCAGCCGUAAUGAUCUGGCGCCGAGUCAGUGGCAAAGAUGCCGUCAAGCUCGGUUCGCUCGGAGUCCGCCCGGCUUCCCCGCUGCUGGCCCAGGCACGAGACUUGCUUUCUCCGCUCGACUUACCCCAGACCACGCCUCGCAGAUCGCAACACGUUCCGCAGCUCUCACCGUCGAUUCUCGUCUGCGUCACUUGCCAGCGCACUUUCGCUGUUGUAAAUAUCGCUCUUCAUUCAGCUCUCACAUCCCUCUUCUGCUGUGCCUCUCAGUCCGCGGCCAACCUGCGCAAUCUGGUGCAGCCAGUGAACCAAUUUGCCCGCGCCCGAACACGGAGCGUCAUCGUACAUCACCUUUUCGCUGAGUCGGGAUUCGACUGA